ACGCCGCAGACUUAGCCCCGACUACCUACGAGGAAAUCAGAACUUGCGCACCUUCCGCGACAUCGGCCGCGUCUAUUCUGUCCCCGCCGUGAGACUUCCGUCGGACGCCGCCGCGAGUUCUCGGCCUUGGUCCGGCAGUACCACCCGCCUCGACGCUGUCGGAUAGGAGCCGCCGGCAUCCAGUCUCGGUGCGGGGAGGUCGGCCUUCAGUCUCCGGAUCCCGUCCAGCCCUCCUCGACCUGGGCUGUCGCGAAGCCAAGCCGAGCCCGGAGGAUAAGGCACAGGCUCGGAUGCCUCGCGCGGUGUCCCGGUCGCCUCCGCCCUUCCGACGGCGGCGCUCCCCUUCUCCGCGGUACACCAGCCGUAGGAACAGACGAGAUCGCAGCCGCUCCCCCUACUCCUCCCGGCAGCUAUACUAUAUGAACGAAUGCAGAACAAUACAAGAGCGUUAUGCAACUAAUUGUAUCCAGUACACGCUUCUAGAGUUGUUUUGGCGAAAAACUCGGUCUCCUCCUCCACUAUGGGAUAGAAGCAACUCACCAACUCCGAGAAGGCACAGAAGUCCACCAUCUCCAAGGAGACACAGAAGACGAAGAAGUCGGAGUACUACAAGUUCAUUUGUAAAUAACUCAUGCAGUCCAAGUCACGGAUCAGAGAAAAUGAAUUUAUCUGAAAAGCACAAGAUGGAGGAAGAAACGAAAAGGCGUCAAAAGGAAGCUGAAUUUAAGUUAUUGGAAGAGGAGCUUGCUAGAAGAGUCGAAGAAGCUAUAAGGAAAAAUGUUGAGGAACGUCUGAAUUCUGACGAGGUGAAACUUGACAUAAAGCGCCGAAUUGAGGAGGGUAUUAGAAAGUUAUUUGAUGAGGUUGAUGCUCAGCUACAAAGAGAAAAAGAAGCAGCUCUUUAUGAAGCCAGGCAGAAAGCAGAGCAAGAAAGAAGAGAGAGGGAGGAGCUUGAUAGAAUGCUUGAAGAGAACAGGCGUAAAGUGUCGGAGGCUCAAAGAAAAGAAGCUCUCGAGCAGCAGCAGAAAGAGUUAGAGCGAUAUUUGGAGCUGGAAAGAAUACAAAAGCAAAGAGAAGAAGCUUUACGCAGAAAGAAAAUGGAAGAGGAAGAAGAGAGAGCUAAUGAGCUGAGAUUACUAGGGAAAAGCCGGCGUUGACCUGGUGCCAUCAUAUAAAAUUGAGCAGAGAACCGACUGCGGUGGCUAAUUAUGUCAAAACACAAAUUCAAUGACUGAUUAGUUUGAGUUCAAUAGCUCCUUAGGUUGUGAUUUGUGACCAGUGUUGACGUAAUCUUGUUCUAGCGUCCAUCUGGUGUACUUUAAUUUGUUUUCUAUGUGCUGGAUUGGUAUUCCUGAGACACUGAUUUUUCUUACGCAAAUUAAUAUGGAAUGUUCUCUUCCUCUAAUGGGAGUGUUUCUUAAA